AUGGCGUCAUCCAUCCCCAUAUUUAAAACAUUAAUUUCAGUUGAACAUUUUCGGGUGCUUGUCAAUGAUCAUUUUCAAAAACAAAUUAGCGAAGAUCAACAAUAUGAUCGACGUGAUAUUCAACGUUUUAAUCACAUCGAUGAAUAUACAUUGAUGUUUAUUCAACACGGACAGUUUGGUACAAAUUUUGAUAAAAAUCGAGCAUUUCACAUUUUCGAUGCAGCAAUGACAUGGAGAAAAGCGAAUAAUGUUUACGAUGUUUCAACAAAUGAAUUUCCUGCCGAUUAUUUCGAUCGUAAUGCAAUUUAUUUCAAAAAUCAUGACAGGCAUAAUCAUCGACUACUGCAUUUUGUUGUUCGAACAUUUAAUAAAGGUCAAGAAGAUAAUGAAGCUGUGAAACGUUUUAUGAUAUAUAAUUUUGAAAAACAUGUUCGACGUCAUCCCGGUGAAAAAAUUGUUAUUAUUUUCGAUUUAAGUGAAACUGGCCUCAGAAAUCUAGAUUAUGAAUUAGUUAAAUUUAUCAUUGGUUGUGCACAAACUUAUUAUCCAGGCUUAUUAGCAUACAUGAUUGAGUACAACAUGCCAUUUAUUCUGACUGCUGCAUGGAAAAUAAUUCGUUCUUGGUUGCCAAGUGAAGCGGAACAAUUUAUUAAAUUCGUCGAUACAAAGUCAAUCACUCAGUUUGUACGACCCGAUCAACUGUCAGUAGCAAUGGGAGGCACUGAUACAACAAAUUAUGUUCAUAUUCGUGAUCCAAUAAACGAAACUGUUGAAGAUCCAAUGAAUGCAAAUUCUAAGAAAAAAGUUACUUUUGCUGAUACUAAUUCACUUGAUCCAACUCCUUCAUCAUCACCACCCACAGAAUCACCCCUGACAACUGAUAAUGUGCCGAGAUUUGAUUUAUCACCUAGUGAUGAGCUAAUGACUCCUGAAGAAUCUAAUCCUCCCAUAUUGACAUCCGAUUCAUCUCACACAGUGACCAGAAAAUCAAUUCUUCAAAAAGCAACCGUAGUAAAUGGAUAUAUCGGCGAAGAAAAAGUUUAUCAUGGUCUUUCAAUUAGACCAUGCAAUGAAAUGAUCUUUGACCGAUUAGAUUCUUCAUCCAAUGGAACAGCCGAUUGCAUUCAAACAUUAUCAUUAACAAAUGUCGGUGAUAAAAUUUUAACAUUUAAAAUAAAAACAACAUCUCCAGAUAAAUUUCGUGUUAAACCUGGUUGCAGUCUUCUUCAUCCGGGUGCAUCAGCUACUAUAUCGGUUUAUCUCUUAAAAGCUUAUUGUACACCCACAAGUGAUAUAAACAAAGAAAAAUUUUUAAUUAUCUGGACACUAAUUGGUCAUGAGCUAAAACAAGCACAAUUAGUUGAAUUUUGGAAAACUGUACCAAGUUCAGUUCUCUAUGAGCAUAGAUUGAAAUGUGUACUCGGUAAUAAAUCAACAUCUGUUACAUCAAUAAAUCAAUCAAAUGAAACAAAUUCUUUACGUUCAUCUAUAUCGUCGGAUCCGUCAAUUGUUGAAAUGCAAAAUAUAUUAAAAGAUUCUAUUGAAUUACAGAAAACUUCCAUGAUGCAAACAUCAAGAGAACUUAAACAAAUACGAUAUUUUCUUUUGAUAACUUUUGCGUUUUUAUUUCUUAUCCUAUUAUGGGAUGUGUAUAAAUUCUUUUUUCCUUUUUCGUCAUCGUCGUCAUCAUCAUCAUCUGUAAAAAGUGAUUUGUGA